CCUUGUUGCGAAUAAUCGCCGCCUCCCCCCCUCCGCCCCCAGCAGAAGCAGUAACGUGACACCCGAGCGAAAUCCCGAGACCCGAGCGGAGAGGGAGGGGAGAGGGAGGAGAGUGCUGCGGAGCGCCGGAGGGAGAAAGGGGAGGAGAAGGAGGAAAACCCCUGUCAAGGAGGUGGAGCGAGGGGAUGGUGUCCGCCUCCUGUUCCUCCCUGCCGUUUUUUAGAGAAGCCUGAACCGGGACAAAACACGCCGAGACCUACAGACACAAAGCCGGGGGGUCCACGCUGGCGCUGGAGGCGAGCCCCGGCGGCCGCAAGCGAGCCCGAGGCGCGGCGGGGCGCGGGGCGUGGGGACGCUAGCGGGCGCGGGACGGGCGCGGCGCCCCGUCACGGGCAGCGCCCCGAACCGGGGCCGGACACCUCGGCCGCUCGGGCCGCGGCGGCGGGGACCAUGCCGAAGAAAGUCUCCUGAGCCCGGCAACUUCGGCCCCUCCCCGCCCCCACCCGGCUGCCCUCCGCGCGGCCCUCCCCAUGUGCAGCCGGCCAGCCGGGCUCUCCUCCUCGCGGCGGAUGGGUGACCUUUUCCUGGCACGGGCAGGCUGUGCGAGGCGGCGGAGCAGGCGAUGAAGAAGAAGCAGCAGCAUCCCGGCGGCGGCGCGGAUCCCUGGCCCCAUGGGGCCCCUUUGGGGGGCGCCCCUCCGGGCCUGGGCAGCUGGAAGCGCCGGGUGCCCCUGCUGCCUUUCCUGCGCUUCUCCCUCCGGGACUACGGCUUCUGCAUGGCCACCCUGCUGGUCUUCUGCCUGGGCUCCCUCCUCUAUCAGCUCAGCGGGGGACCCCCUCGCUUCCUGCUCGACCUGCGGCAGUAUUUGGGAAAUUCCACUUACUUGGAUGACCAUGGACCACCUCCUAGUAAGGUACUACCUUUCCCAAGUCAGGUGGUGUACAACAGAGUAGGCAAGUGUGGGAGCCGUACUGUGGUCUUGCUUCUGAGAAUCUUGUCGGAGAAGCACGGAUUUAAUUUGGUCACAUCAGACAUUCACAACAAAACCAGGCUUACCAAAAAUGAACAAAUGGAACUGAUUAAAAAUAUAAGUACUGCCGAACAACCCUAUUUAUUCACUCGACAUGUUCAUUUCCUCAACUUCUCAAGGUUUGGAGGAGACCAGCCUGUCUACAUCAACAUCAUUAGAGACCCCGUCAACCGGUUCUUAUCCAACUAUUUUUUCCGUCGCUUUGGAGACUGGAGAGGGGAACAAAAUCACAUGAUCCGCACCCCCAGCAUGAGGCAGGAGGAGCGCUACCUGGAUAUCAAUGAGUGUAUUCUUGAAAACUAUCCCGAGUGCUCCAACCCCAGGUUAUUUUACAUCAUUCCGUACUUUUGUGGACAGCAUCCCAGAUGCAGGGAGCCUGGUGAAUGGGCCCUUGAGAGAGCAAAGCUGAACGUGAAUGAAAACUUCCUGCUCGUGGGGAUUCUUGAAGAGUUGGAAGAUGUGCUGCUGUUACUGGAAAGAUUUUUACCUCAUUACUUCAAGGGCGUGCUCAGUAUCUACAAAGACCCAGAGCACAGGAAGCUUGGAAACAUGACUGUGACGGUGAAGAAGACUGUCCCCUCUCCUGAGGCUGUGCAGAUCCUCUACCAGCGGAUGAGAUACGAGUACGAGUUUUACCACUACGUCAAAGAGCAGUUCCACCUGCUGAAGCGCAAGUUUGGACUUAAGUCUCACGUCAGCAAGCCCCUCCUGAGGCCACACUUCUUUAUCCCAACUCCACUGGAAACCGAGGAGCCAAUCGACGAUGAAGAACAGGAUGAUGAAAAGUGGCUGGAAGAUAUUUAUAAGAGGUGAUGUGACUGUGUUGCCUCUAUGGCUUUAUCUCCCUUUUCCAGAAAGUUCUUUGUUUGGGGAAGUAAAAUCCUUAAGGGACUAAAUUAAUGCUUGGGUGCAUUAAAAAGAACAAAACAUUCCCACAUGUUGGGGUCAUUGGGAGAUGCCCGGUUUUGCGGGUUUUAUUUGUUUAAUUUUAUUCUGUGUUUUCUCUUGGCUCUUUGGGUCUUUCCCAGGUAUACUAGAUGGCUCCAUCCCAAGGCAUCUUGUCAUAAAACAGCUUUCCCCCCACCCCAUAUCAUGGGAAAAGGGGGAGAAAUAUAGCCCCUAGCCUAAUAACUUAUCAUUUGUAAAAUGACUUAUAAAAAUAUUACCUCAAUGGUAGGAGACAUCCAGACUUGUAUAUUUCAGUGGAAAUACAAAACCACUUCAGAGACCAGGGUAUCUCCUCUGGAAGGAUCCAAGAGAAGGUAAGACAGAUUAGGACAUCGAAAGGGAGGAUGGAGCCAGGUGCCAUGGCUUAAGCCUAUAAUCCGAGGCUGAGGUGGGAGGAUCACUUGAGCCCAGGAGUUUGAGGUUGCAGUGAGCUGUGAUCACACCACUGCACUCCAGCCUGGGUGACAGAGUGAGACUCUGUCUCAAUUAAUUUUUUUUUUUUUUAAAGGAGGAGGAUCUCCAUGGGUAAGUGGUUUCUACCCGCAUGGGUAGAGUUCUGCCUCUGGUCCUUCUCAGGGGGCACUUUCACCAAGAGCAGUGUAAUUAUCUCUGAAAGAGCAAGUCAGCUUGUGCCGCAUCCCCAACCAAUCCACAGCCUGGAGUACCUUUCAAGGUCAAAGUGCAUGGCCAGCUCCAUUGAGACAUUCCAUUUCAAAGCACCAUGCUCACAGAUAUCAAAGUACUCUAGCAGGGAAAAUAAUUUGUUUGCUGUGUAAGGAAGAAUGUAGACAAGACAGAUAAAUCUGAAGGUCAUGUGGCAUCAGGGAAAGGGCAUGGCUGUGUCUUUUGCACCCAAUAUGAAACAUCUUCUCGCAACACUGCUUUAAUGGAAGUUCUAGGAACCAGUUUAGCUCAGGCAUUUGACUCCUACAGCAGAAGUUCUGAGCCUGACCACAGAUGGUGUGUAAUCUAUCAAACACACCCCUGGCCAAGUUGGGUCCUAUAGGACCUGGUACUAUGUACUAUCGUAACUUCUAGUUCCCUAAGAGGUACCUGUUUUCAGUAAAAAGGGGUCCUGAGUUCUGUGCAGGUGGCAGAGCUACCCGAGAACUACCUGAGUUCUGUACAGGUAGAGUCCCAUUUCUUAUGGGACCUGUGUGCUCCUGAGAACUCUUACUUGAGACAUCAAAAAGAAGCAGCAAGAGCUUCUGGGACAGAGACUGCUUGGCCAGCUUUGUAAGUAAGUGGCUGCCUCCAAUGUGAUGUGAGUACAUGUUGGGCAGUCUUACUGUCCUAAAGUAUGUCUUCUUUCCACCUCCCACUGCCCCUCCCCUGCCACCUAUCAAUGAUGCCUUGGUUCAGUCAUUAGAAAUCUGUUGCUUUGAGUUCUGAAAUAUUUUCACCUUAAAAAAAAUGCUGAAAAUACACAUUCUCCUGGGGAGACGAUAAACAGCUAGCUAAGAAGCCAAGGUUCAGUGGUGGCAGCAGGAAGGAUACUUGCAACAAAUUUUGUCUAUUUCAUAUUUGUCGCCUAGAGCCAGCCCUAGCAAAUGUGUGAGUUGGGAGUAGUUAAUAGUAAAUAAGACUCUGACUUUACACAAGCUACACAUUUUCUACUUUUCAUAAACCACAAAGUCUCUCUAGAAUUUUUUCUGCCUUCACUAAAAUUGGACUGUAGCCAAGAUAUAAAGCAAGUCAUUUGGAACCUGCCGAGUGAGCACUGAAGCUACUUUAUCAUGAGAUGUGUGUUAAGAAGGCUGCAGCCCACAGGAGUCCAGGGAAGGCGGGGACCACAGAGGCACAGAGUCCAGCACUUGGCCGCUCAUGGGCCUUCUUUCUGCCUCAGAGGACGGGGGCAGAGAAGCGAUUAAGGGAAAUGUUCUUAGAGGAGGAAAUAUCCUUUGUCCUGUUCAGAGAGACCAGGGCCCUACCAUUAGGCAUACUUUCAAAAGCAACCUGGAGAACAGCUAUCAAUCAUAUUCAAAACCAGUACAAGAACUGCUGCCUGGUACCCUGUGAGUCAUUUCUAUGAAAUUCCAUAUAAAGAAUGAUGACAAGUUUACACACUGUGCAAUCUCGCAAUCUGAAAAUAAAGUUGAGUUGGCUGUGUUUUCUCUGCUCUUGUCAGAACAUUGGGACAAUUGGUCGUUCAAAAACAUUCAUCCUCUUACUGCAAGUUUAUCUGGGUACUUUUACCUGUGUGUUCAAAGGCAUUUCUUUUCAGCAGUGACCAUUAUAACUUCACAAAAAAAGACGCUGACGGAUUUACUUACAGGGCCUUAAUGUUAUUUUGUCCCAGCCAACACCCUCUAGGUCCUAAAAGUCAAGGUACUUCAGUUUAUUUGGCAAACAUGACAACAUUUUUUUUGGCCCUGGGCCCAACAGUUUGUACUUCAUGAAACAUAUUGUACAUUUUACAUAGUUUAAUUUAAAAAAUACCUUUUAAGCUAGUUGAUCUUUGACUGUCUUAUUUAUUAUAACCUUUCAGCACAUUCCAAGGUUUUAGUUACUCAGGAAGGAGUUAAUUAAAAUGAUUUUAUUUUGGUCUGAUGGAUGUUUUUUAAAAGGAAAAUUAUUAUUAUGAACCUUCAGCCUACUUUCUUGAGUGCCGUAAAAGUGCUUGUAAAUCUUUUUUUUUUUUAAGAAGAAAGAAAAAAAUGGUGUUUGACAUUGAUGGAAAUUCAAAAAUAUAUAUGGAACUGAAACAUUAACUUAGCUAAAAUAAAAGCAAUCUGUGUUUGA